ACAAUUCCUUAUCCAGUUGCCUUAAAAUGGACGUGGAAGAAGACGGUCCGCCCCUGCUCCUCUGACUGUUUAUUAAAUCUCUUUAUUUUAUUAAACCUGCUGAUCUGUAAACUCCGCGGGAGCUCCGGCUUCGCCUGCGGCCGCCUGAACGAUGACAGGUGUACAGACUGGGCUUGUGAUGUUAUGGUGGCUUCUGCAGCUAUGGACAGUGCCAUGCAGGGGCCAGGAGCUAGUAGACAUGAUGGACAAGGGUGUGUUCCAGCCCCAGAAUGCCCUCAGCGACAUGGAGUUUGUCAGUGUAAGUUCCUACCGAGGCCCUGGCAACAGUGACAUGCGCAGCAACAAAGAAUUACCCAUCCUCCUGUGGUGGAGCGCCAACCUCUUCCCCCAUUUCCCUGGCGACACUGAGCGGGUGGACUGCGCCCACUCGUCCUGCCUGGUCACACGCAACCGCAAGGUCCAGCUGCAACGCCGUACUACAGCCAUCAUUUUCUAUGGCACUGACUUCCGGGCAUAUGAGGCACCACUGCCUCGUCUACCCCACCAGACAUGGGCUCUGUUCCACGAGGAGUCGCCCAUGAACAACUACGUCCUGUCGCACAGCCCCGGCAUCCGGCUUUUCAACUACACAGCUACGUUCAGGAGGGAGUCGGACUACCCCCUCACCUUACAGUGGCUGCCGUCACUGGACUACCUGCUCAAGCCUCCCUCAGUCUCUCUGCAAGAGAAGAACCGCUGGAGGCGGGCUGGGCUGGCGCCGGUGCUCUACAUGCAGUCCCACUGCGACGUGCCUUCAGACCGAGACCGCUAUGUGCAGGAGCUCAUGAAGUACAUACAGGUGGACUCGUACGGGAAGUGUCUCAAUAACAAACCUCUACCUGAGCAUUUGGAGGACACCAGCACUGCCACUGGGGAGGACCGAGAGUUUAUGAGCUUUGUGGCCCGCUAUAAGUUCCACCUCGCCAUGGAGAAUGGCCUGUGUCCUGAUUAUAUGACCGAGAAACUGUGGCGGCCCAUGCACCAAGGGUGCGUGCCCAUCUACAGGGGCUCGUCCUCCGUAGCUGACUGGCUUCCAAAUGCCCGUUCUGCCAUUCUCAUCGACGACUUUGCCUCCCCCCAAGAACUAGCUGAGUUCAUCAAGACUCUGGAUCAGGAUGAUGAGGAGUAUUUGCGCUACUUGGAGUACAAGACACCCAGCAAGAUCACCAACCUCCGCCUCCUGGAUGGGCUCCAGAACAGAGAGUGGGGUGUGAAUGACAUGAGUAAGCCCAACUACCUGAAUGGUUUUGAGUGUUUUGUGUGCGACCGGGAGAACGAGCGACUGGCAGCCGUGAAAGCUCACUGCCGGGACCCUGCAAAGUACCCUGCACCCCAGCUCAAAAUGGCCAACAGCAGCCAUAUGGGCUGCCCACUUCCUAGCCCUGGCUAUGGACCCAUAGAAGAGAUUGACCUGAAUGACGGCUGGCUUCAGAUGUGGCCGCAGGACUACUGGCAGAGCCUGGACCAGGCGGAGGGUCUGGUGUCACUGAUAAGCCACAAUGAGUCUGACCCUGCACUGCUAUGGCAGCACAUUCACAGCAUGGCUAUGAGGAGAAGCGGCGGCCAAUGACAUGAGAGCCUCUCCAAGGAAGCUUUUUACCUCAUGGAGGACUUUUACUGUGCCAAAAUACGCCAAAGCCAAAAUAUCAAAAGCCACUUAAUGUUCAUCUUUCUGCUUGAGCAGGACUGAUCUGUGGUUCUUGGUCAGUCAGGUAAGGUGGUCAUCAUUCUUACCACGUAAGAAUGCUCAACGUGUGCAUGAGCGUAUGCGCUGAGAACGACAGCAGGUUCUACAUCAUUUUCCAUCUGAGGACAUCCACGUUCAGCAUGUUUAGAACUGACGUGCAUAACUGAAUGUGAUUAGUUUCCAUUUUUACAUCGUUCACGAAGUCACCAGGGUUUGUUUAAUCCGUGUUUAUAUGCAGACACGUUAGAACAUGAUCAGCAUUGGAACAGAAUCAUUCUAGUUUUGCAUUUAUCAGUGCAGCUGUUACAAACAAGCCCUUCUGUGAUUUGUGAAUAAUGUAUUUGUCAGGCUGCCGAACCUGACAUUCAGAAUCAGCUGCUGCUCAUGUCUAAUAUAAAAGAUGUUCAGGUUUUGUAAAACUUGCAGGUCUUUUUAGCCUUUCGAAUGUGCACCUAUGUGAACAUUUUGAGUAAAACGUAUUUAUAUAUUUAUAUUUCUUUUUAUACUUUGCAUAUUUUGUAAGCUGGAAUGACCACACAAAUAAAAAGAGGAUAUACACAAACUUU